UUACAUUUUCACUGCAUGACUGAAAAUGAGUAUGAAAAUGAAGAAGCUGCUGAGGAAUUUAAAAUCGCCAGUUUUGUGGACAUGGUUCGAGACUGUAGUCGAAUCGGCAUUCCCUAUAGCUCUCAAGGGCACCUGCAGAUAUUCGAUAUGUUUGUGGUGGAGAAGUGGCCAAUUGUUCAGGCUUUUGCACUUGAAGGCAUCGGCGGGGAUGGAUUUUUUACCAUGAAAUAUCAGCUGCAAGAUGUAAGUGCAGAUUUGUGGAAAGCAUACAGCCGGAUGGAUCCUGUGUCACUGGAGACUUUGCUAUCUCAGGACUUAAGGACUUUUGAACACCAGUGGACCAGCUUCUUUGCUAAUUUUGACACAGAAAUCCCCUUCCUACUGGAACUUUCAGAAUUCCAGGCUGGUGAGCCAUUCAGAAGUUACUUCAGUCACGGAAUGCUCUCCAGUCACAUUACCGACAAUAGCCCAAGCAGGCAGCCCUUCGUCCUUUUUGGUUGUCAUUCGACUCGAGAAAACAUCAACGCCAGCAACUUCAACUUUCCUUCCGAGGGGCACCUGGUGCGGAACACGGGCCUGGGAGGGAGCACCGCCAAGCACAUGGUUGUGCAGUGUGUCUCUCCAAAAGGACCCCUCGCUUGUUCAAGAACCUAUUUUUUUGGAGCUUCUCACAUUCCUUAUUUGGGAAGCGACAGUGAAUUGCCCAAGAAAAACAUGCAAGUUAGGCAAUUGUCCCAGAUAUAUGCUGCUGUUGUUGAGGCUGUUCUGGCUGGCAUUGCAUGGUAUGCUAAAACUUCCAAUAUAACCAAGUCUAAGGAAGCAGCAGAGCUGACAUUUUGGAAUCUACUAGAUUCGUUCCAUAUGAAGAAGCUGAAGUCUGCUCUACGCCACAAGCUAGCUUUUCGUAUCCAUGCCGUAAACAACCAGGGAAGAAUUGUGCCUCUGGACAGUGCAGACAGCUUAUACUCUGUUAAAACGGCCUCCAUGAGUGUAUAUGACAUCCCUGACUUGAAUGGAGGAAAAGAAUGCUUGGGAUCUAUAGUCUUCUCAGAAUCAUUUUUGACAUCUCAGAUCCUUAUUAAAGAAAAUGAUGGCAGUAUUACUGCAGAAACCAGCUACGAGAUUCUGACUGCACCCAUCACCAGAUUCUGCUCUUGGCUGGUAGAAGAUAAUGAAGUGAAAUUGUCCGAGAAAGCCCAGCAAAUGGUGAAGGAGGAUGAAUCUUUCUUGGGCCUCCUCCUGACAGGAGGAGAGAAAGCAUAUAUUUAUUCCAGCAAUGCACAGGCCUGGCCAGAGGAAGGAAAAGUUUACUUCUUUUCAGAUGGCCUUUUGUUUUCCCAUCAUCAUUAUGGAAGCAUCACCAUCCCUAAGAAUCACAUGAAUUCCAUAUACUUCUAUGAUGGGGACUCCACCAGUGUUGUUGCUGCCUUAUUGAUAGACUUCAAAAGUUCCUUGCAUCCUUAUCUUCCAGUUGAAUUCUACACAUCAAGCAAUUUUCUGAUGAUUGCCUUUUUCCCCAAAUCCAAGAUGUACCAAGCAUUCUAUGCAGAGGUCUUCUCUCCUUGGCAACACUCAGCUAACUCAGAGCUGGCUUUAAAAGUGAUCCAGGAAGACGGAUUAUCUGAAGAACAAAAAAAAUUAUACUCCAAUGUGCAAAAACUCUUUAAUGCCCAGUCCUAUCCUGUUGGGGAAAGAGAGAGUCAGCUAAAACUCUUGAGUUCCCGUCUCCCACAUCUGGACUGGUUUCUCCAGCAUUUUGCCAUCUGCAGUAUCAGCCAGGAGCCAAUAAUGAGGUCCCAUUUUCCUGUUCUCCUGCAGCAAGGUGAAAUCAGGCCUGCUCAGAAAGUGGAAAAUGAAAAGGUGAUUAUCAGUAUUGUCUCGGGGCUGCCAGGCUGUCAUGCCAGUGAUCUCUGUGCUUUCCUGGUCGCUCUGCAUAGGGAGUAUGGAAGGUGGAUGGUGUAUAGGCAGACCAUGGACACCUCUGAAUGUUUCAGUACCGCCCACUUCCAAAAGUAUCUAACCAGUGCCCUGGAGGCCCAGCAGAACCGCCGGCCCAGACAAUCAGCAUAUACCCGGAAAAAGACCAGAUUGUUGGUGGUGUUACAAGGCUACACAGAUAUUAUUGAUGUUGUCCAGGCACUCCAGACUCACCCUGAUUCAGAUGUGAAGUCGGCUUAUGAAAUUGGCACAGUCACUACGUGUGUGGAGCCCCUGAGCUGCUACAUGGAGCACAGAUUUCUCUUUCCUAAAUUUCUUGAUCAGUGUUCACAAGGCCUGGUAAACAAUGUAGUAUUCACAAGCCACACUUCGGAUCAAAGACAUCCCCUCCUCGUACAACUGCAGAGUCUUAUCCGAGCAGCAAAUCCAACUGCAGCUUUCAUUCUUGCUGAAAAUGGAAUAGUGACCAGGAAUGAAGACAUUGAGCUGAUUCUUUCAGAAAACAGUUUUUCAACUCCUCAGAUGUUGAGAGAUCGAUAUUUAAUGUUCCCUGGCUGGUAUGAAGGUAAAUUUCGUGCAGGGUCUGUCUUCCCCCCAAUGGUUCAGAUCUGUGUCUGGUUUGGUCGUCCCUUGGAGAAGACUCGCUUCAUGGCCAAAUGCAAAGCAAUUAAGUCCUUGAUUAAGCAAAGCCCGUUCUCUGGAAAUAUCUACCACAUUCUGGGCAAAGUGAAGUUUUCAGACUCAGAGAAAAUGAUGGAAGUUUGUCACAACACACUAACUAAUUCCUUAAGCAUUGUGCCGGUUCUAGAGGGGCCUACCCCCCCUCCAGAUUCCCGUGGAGCUCCCCGAGAUAGCAGUGGGCAACAGGAGAGUUACCUCGUAUUCAUUGGCUGCUCUCUGAAAGAGGAGAGUGUAAAGGACUGGCUUCGACAAACUGCAAAGCAGAAACCUCAGAGGAAAGCCUUGAAAACCAGGGGGAUGCUGACUCUGCAAGAGAUCAAGAACAUUCAUGUGAAACGCCACUUGGACCCUCUGCCUGCAGGUUACUUUUACAAUGGAACCCAAUUUGUCAACUUCUUUGGCGAUAAAACUGAUUAUCACCCACUAAUGGACCAGUUUAUGAAUGAUUAUGUAGAAGAAGCAAACCGGGAGAUUGAGAAGUACAACCGAGAGCUGGAGCAACAGGAAUACCCAGACCUAUUUGAGCAGAAGCCCCCAAGCUAGCCCAGGCGGGCUUUCUGUGCCCAGGGAAGAGUCUUGGGUACAAGUACCAGCAGCAUGGCUGCCACCUCCACAUGUUGUCCCUGCUCUCACAAUGUCAGACACACUCAUGAGUUUUCUGGCCCUCUGCUUUCUUGAACAUGCCCAAGGCCACAUUUCCUGGCAGGAAGUUGCUUCUUCCGUCUGGUGUGCUUGUUUGUGCUGUCUCAUUUGCAUGUGGUCCUGAUGCAAGAUACAAUUGUCACCUGGACCCUCAUUCCUUUUUCCAAGGACAGAGGAGAAUGAGAGUCUAGAGAUACCCCAUAAAGUAGGCUCAGGAGUGCUUUGAACCUGCCCUGUCCCCCAAGUGCCGUCUGCAGUCCAGUCCUGUCUUGACCUAAAAAUAGAGCCUAUGAAGGAGGCUUGUGCUGUUUCUUGUUUUGUGGGAAUAGGGGAAGCACUCUUCGAGGGUAAGGGAGUAUCAGAAUUGCAUGAAGGGUUUUCCCAAGCUACCUCCACACCUUUCACUUCUCUGGCAUUACCCAAGUCUUGCGUUAGAGUCUGGAGGAAGCAUGGAACCUCAGACCUCCCUCCCUUAUUUUAUGGCGUCUUUUUGAAGCAGCUGGUAAAAGUGAAAAGGAGAGAAGGCAGGACUUGUUGGCUCUGGUGUAGGGCCCAACCAAGGGUCUG